AUGGAUCCAACAGAUGAUGAUGAUGAUGAUGAUGAUGCAACACAGUCAACUUCGACUUCGAAAAGAACAAGGCUGACAUGGGACCAGAUCAAAGGCAACAUGGACACGAUCCAUCGUAGUUUUCUGAUCCAGCGAAUUCAUCAGCUGGAAGCCAAAUGUGCAAAGCAAGAAAUAGAUCUCAAGGCAGCGAAAAAGAAACAGCGAACAACUGUAGCUGAAAACAAGAAGCUCGAGAAGCAACUGCAAUUGCAGAUUCAGAAAGCCGGAGACCAGACUGACGAGCAGAUCCUGUGCGUUGAGAAAACCACCAAAGCCGGUAAGCAAGGGAAGAGGUUCAGUUCAAAAGGAUACGUAGCACUUGGAAUCCGCAAAAGCUUGUCGGUCACGUCAGCGGUGGGAUUUCCGUUGGCUGCACUUGUGGAUGUAUCACGGCAGACAGUGACACGAAGCGAAACUGCUGUUUGGGCAAUGCUGACAACCCGAUCGGCUGCUUUUCAUGUCGCUAUGCGACGGAAUCUGCGUAUGGUGGCGGGGUGGUUCAACUCGUGGAAUGAGUCCACCAAUGAGUCCAGCAACACCGACCCUCCCGAUAACACGCAGGUGGCGGCCUUUGCUGUUGCCGCUUCCGAGGAGUGUAUUUCGCAUGAGGUUCUGGUGGAGCGUGAUCUCGGGUUGAACCCAGACCCAGACGGGGAUAGAAGUGGGAUAUCAGGCUGGGUAGCCACGCCACUUGACUCAGACAAUAGGCGUGCUGGGGCUGAUGCAUCAUAUUCACUGUCGUCAACUUCGUUUUGCGGGGAUGCCACGAACAGUGGCAUAUGGAGGCGGAACAAGCUUCAAGGCCUCCUUGUGUCGACUGGCACGAUGACGCAUGGGCGCCGUAUCGAGAGUCUCAACCAGUGUGAUCUGCAAGUGUGCUCGACUGGAACAGCCGCCAACAAUCUUGCGAUUGUGUUGAAGCAGCUCAACAGCAUCAAAGUGCCCACAUGGGACGAAUUUGCAGAGAUGACCAGGACAGGUGCAUUGCCCAAGUGCCACAUUCAUGUGUGGUGUCUUUCCGGCGAUUGUGGUCCCGAUCAAGCAAGCUUCCGAGCGUCUAUUCGGACUGUGCUCGCAGCACCUGCUUUCUGGAACCAAUGGGUCUUCGAGGUUCCCUGCCUGAAGCAUCAACUGCAUCUGAUGUGCAAGGACUCGUUGCGACUGCUUAACCAACUGCUUGAAGAGAAGGGCAGAAGCUAUAACUACUUCGGCUCAGUGGCGAAGGUAUGCCAUACGUGGCGUGCUCACGGCGCCAAAGUCAACCAGACGUGGAACGUAAUCGUUCCUCGAGCAUUUGAAUUCAAAGCUUCCUGCACGGUCCCUCCUUUAGCUGUCGCUGGAAGAUGGGGUUCCAUUGAUUGUGCAGAGGAAUAUUUCCUUCAUGCUGCUACUCCCGAUUACGUCGUGAGAACAUUCCUUGCAACCUUCGCCACGGGGGAGUACAAUGCCUACUUGGAACGAAACGCUCAACGUCAAGACCAGUCGGCGCUGGAACACGAUGUGGACGAACUGGGCCUGGAAGAGGCAGCUGAAUACCGAUCAAAGGUAACCAAGUGGAUCAAAGGCUCAUUGCUUUGCUUGCAAGAUACGCUGUUUUGGUUCCUCUUGCAAGUAUCCUUCAUGUCGCGGUCACCCUUCCGCCAUAUGUUUGCUAUCCUGAGCAAGUACAGUGGCCAUGCGUCGAGUAGAAUCCGCAAUCCGUGCACGGACUGUGAAGCGCAUGAACUGCCCAUAGUGGAUCUUGUUACGGUUCGGCUUGCGCAGCUUGAUGACGAAUUUCAUGACCUGCGCAACAACAUACCUUGCUGGUGCGAACGAACCCUUGCGUCUCUGCAAGGGAUGAUCUGCUGGGAUGCAAACCAUGCACUUUUACUGGAAGAUUUGCAGCAUAUGGCCAUGCGGGUGGUGAUGCUGAACCACGCCUCUUACAAGCGCAGGAUAGUGGGCUUGUUUUCUCAGACCCGUGUCAGCAAGUCCAUCUUUGUACUUAUAACCCGAUAUCAUUGA